AUGGCGCCUCUUGUGGCCUCGCAGGAGGAACUGGAUCGCAGAAGGAUCGUCAGUAUCAAUCCAGAAACCGUCUCCAACAUUCCCUCCACAGAUUUCCCGGGUCACUGGCCUGGCGAGUCUCACGAUUGGUCACUGGAUCAAUUCAAAAACGACUUCAAGGUCGAAUUCCACCAGAACGAAAGAUUUGAAUCCUCUUUUUCCUUGAUCGGACUUGACGCAUCCAUCGCAAAUGCUUUCCGUCGCAUUCUUAUGGCAGAAGUACCCACCAUCGCUAUUGAGUUCGUUUUCGUCCAUAACAACACUUCCGUGAUCCAGGAUGAGGUGAUCGCACAGCGACUGGGCUUGAUCCCCCUGAAGGGCUCAGUGGAAGGCAUCAACUGGAUGAGCUGGUUCAAGAAGCCGACUGAGGAUGACCCAGAAGGCGGUAGCACACCCAGCGAUUAUAAUACCAUCGUUCUACGACUGGACAUCGAAUGUACUGAGAAUCCCAAUGCGGACCCCGAGGAGGACGACCCCCGCAAGCUGUACAAGAAUGCGCACGUGUACGCAAAGGACAUUACUUUCCAUCCAGUCGGUCGCCAGGAGCAGUAUUUUAGCGGCGAUGAGGCGAUUCAACCGGUGAACCCCGAUAUUCUAAUUGCCAAGCUCCGUCCUGGACAAAAGCUAGACAUGGAAUUGCACUGUAUCAAGGGGAUUGGUGCCGACCAUGCCAAAUUCUCUCCCGUCGCCACCGCAUCAUACCGUUUAUUGCCUGACAUCCAGAUCCUGCGUCCCAUCAUUGGCGAAGAUGCAAAGAAGUUCGCCAAAUGCUUCCCUCGAGGCGUCAUUGGCCUUGAGCCCGUGACCCGUGAAGAGGCGGCUCAGAAAGGCAGCGGGUAUGAAGGACACCAGGGUGAGAUGAAGGCAGUUGUCCACAAUGCCUUUAAGGAUACCGUGAGCCGAGAAUGUCUGAGACAUGAGGAGUUCCAGGGCAAGGUCAAGCUUGGCCGUGUGCGCGACCACUUUAUCUUCAACGUCGAGAGUACUGGCCAGUUUGAGAGCGACACACUUUUCCUGGAGAGUGUCAAGGUGCUGAAGCUGAAAUGCGCGAGGUGGAAGAGAGGGUUGGUGGAUCUGGUACGGUAG